AUGCCCUCGCUCUUUAUCGACGAUCCAGCUUUGAGGGACCCACCUCUUCCCCUGCCCGCCGCCGCUCGCCAGCUCUACAGCGCCGUCUGCCAGGGAAUCACUUACUUCGAGGCCUUUCAGCAGUCCUACCGCAAGUCCAUUAAAGGAGUGCGCGCUUAUGGCGACAGCGAAUUGCUCAACCGAUGCUGGACCACUCAGAUUCACACCAGUAUGUCGGACCCGACCCGAGCGUCUGGCCUCCAGAAGUCUGCUGAUCGAAAUGACCCAAAUGACCAGAUGUACGGUCAGAGCCACAACCAGAGCCAUAGCCAAACGCAAAAGCCCGAUCUGGUUGAAGACAACUUGUCCUUUCCACAACACCAGAGGCGCAUCCUUGAGCGUAUCGAUGCCCUCCGUCGCUCUUGCUACCCUCGCAUGCUCGAGCAGGCCGCCGCAGCCAAGGACGGAGAUGCGCCGUGGCUCGAACCUGAACUAUACGCCAAUCGGCUGCGUCAUGGUGCCGCAGAAAAACUAAAGCGUAGAGUUGAAAACAGCAGUGACGAUGUCAAGUAUGCUAUCGGAGGCAUGAGGAAGGACUACCUUUUGGCAAAAGACGCUAUGAGAGAGCUGAAGUCCCUGCGGCAGGAUCUGACCACUUACAAGGCGUGCUGGGACAAGAACUGGGAAUGGGAGAAAGACGAUGGUGGCGAGAGUGAUCAAGGCUACGGCGACGACGACGGUCAAUGA